UGAAAAGACUGCGCGACGCGUUCUUGUAUUAUAUAAUGACGCGUAAACCGUAAACAAUCUUACAGCAAAUAUUUUUAUAGAAACAUGUUUCGUGGGAAAUGCGCAUAUUUUGAUGAAACAGUUCCCUCUCAUUUAAUUGCACUUUGGCAAAUACACAAUGGCACAGCUAAAUUCCUUCCUGAAGGUUAUCACAAGUUUGAUUACGCUUUCUCAAUGAAUGCUGGAAAGAAAGUACGACUCUCCAUAUAUGAAACACUUUGUACAACUUCCCCUUGGUGGAUCGCAGAGCAAGUUACUAUUUUGAGAAGAGGAAAACCAAAAAUGGCUCCCAUCAUUCAUUUUAAUGAAGUAGAACCUUUAUACGUCGACCAUCGAAUUCAAACGGUCUAUUUACAACCGAUUCGUUCUCCCAAUCUUUAA